GUUUAUGUCAAAACACGGAGAACGCCAAGCUCCUCCAUUGUUGUUGACGUGAGCUCCUCCUCCUGGCUUUGUACCAAUAAAAGAGUUAAGUUUCCAUUCCCUGCAAUGGUAGAUAAAAGUCAAGUCCUCAGCCUCUGCCGUUCCCUGCUCCGAGCAGGGCGUAAGUACCCUGACUACAACAUCAGGGAGUACACAAAGAGAAGGACCUUGGAUGGGUUCCGCAUGAACAAGAAUCUCACUGAUCCAUCUAAGGUGGAGGAGGCUUAUGCUGAAGGUAAGUCGCAGCUUGAGGUUGUAGAGAGAGUGGUCAAGGUUUACUUGGCGUAUCCUCCUAAGACCAAGAACAUCAUGGAACUCAAGCUUCAGUAGUAUACAUGUAUGUUUUGUCAAUUAUUGUAAUACCCUCUGAACCUAUUUGUUAUUGUCUUAGUUCUUUCCAACUAUGAGACAUUGCUUUGUGUGAUUCUCAUGUAAUCUUUGUGUCUUGAUGGCAUUAAACCUUUAUUUAAGUGAAGAGUGUGGAUCAGAGAAUAAUCUUGGAUUAGAGAGAGAUGAAGUGUCUUUUUGUUAAUUUUUUUAAUAAUAAAUCUCAC